UCCACGUACAGCCAUGACAAUGUUGAUCAUUACGUCUGAUGAGAUGAGAUCAAGGAAAUCCAUCCGCUUGCGCUGCCUCUUUGAGAUUGCGCUGACGCUGAGCUACAAAUUUGCAGUUCAGUCUGUUACCGGCAGGCAGAGACCUUCAUGGAGAAGAUAAAUACACGCUCCGAAGCGAUGAUGUGAUCGCUCGCCAAUCCGAAUCAUCUCGUUCAGCUCCAAUAACAGUAAUGCGUGUCCAGGCGUUGUUAUGGAUGGGUAUAAGCGCGGUUUCGUUGGCCUACGCACAGAACAACACAACUUGGCCAUAUCAUACAUUCAGGUCGCUUCCUGGCUUUGAACCACCUCAGCUCGAGAUUGCUACUAUCAACGAAUCGACAGCCCCUGGACUUAUAUUCUUUCCUAUUAGUGGGAACGGAGCUCACAACUACAGCCUAAACAUUUACCAACAAGAUGGCGAACUGGUUUGGCAGUCCGGUUACGGCGACUACGCUGCGUUUAAGCCCACGACACUGUUUGGAGAGCCCGUCCUAGCCGCAUGGAGCGGCAUCAGCUUUCCCGAGCCAUGGGGAUUUGGCUACGGAAUUAUCAAGAUACUCAACCAGAACUACGAAAAUAUCUACAAUGUAACGUUGUGGAACACGAGCUACCCCACUCUCGAAAGCAUAUACCCGUUGUACGAUCCCAUCCAGUACAAACCGUUCAGCUGGAUCGAUAUGCACGAGAACAACAUCACCCCGCGGGGCACCAUGUUCGUGGGAGCCAUGAACGUUACAUCCUGGGAUCUGAGGUCUGUUGGCGGUUCUGAGGAUGGCUGGAUCGUGGAUUCGAUCAUCCUUGAGUUGAACGUGACCAACAGCGAAAUUCUGUGGCAGUGGAGUCAUCUCGCGCACGUCAAUGAGAUUCCGCUGGUAGACGCUGCUCCGACCUACCCGCGUGGGGAACUAGGACAGAACCAGUCUUAUCCUUGGGGCCCGUUCCAUAUCAACUCUGUGGAUGAGUUCGAGGAUGGGAGUUUGCUGGUUUCGUCGCGGCAUUACUGCUCCAUCUUUAAGAUCGGACGUGAUGGUGAAGUGCAAUGGACCUUGAACGGACACUCUGGAGGAGACUUCGCUCGCAAGAACAAUCUCUCUUUCUGUUAUCAGCACGAUGCUCGCGUCCAGGCAGAGAACGGCUCGACCAUACUGAUCUCGAUAUUCAACAACGAUAACAGUGCUGUAGUAUCCUUCGUCAACCAAACGACUGGUCUGUUCCUGAGCGUUGACACCGACACCAAAGAAGCCACACUAGUCAAAGAGAUCUUCGACCCCGCGGAACCGAUAUAUGCUGUUAGCCAGGGCAAUCAUCAGCUCCUUUCAAAUGGGCACUCGUUGAUGGGAUACGGCAGCGUCCCAUUUCUCAAAGAGUUCGACGGGGAGAGAAACGUCGUCCAGACCAUCAAGUGGGGUGAAGCACAGGCGGUCCAAAGCUACCGAACCUACAAGUCUGAGUGGGUGGGAACGCCAUCAACACGUCCGGAUGUUUUUGCUUGUCUGAAAGACGAUGCCACGAUCAACGUGUAUAUGAGCUGGAACGGUGCGACAGAACAUCAAAGCUGGCAUGUGCUUGCCGGUUCAUCGAGGCAAGAUCUGAGGAUGAAGAUUACUGUGGAUAAGACUGGGUUUGAGACUUCUGCGAACUUCGCCGGCAGCGCACAAUAUGUUCAGGUUGAAGCCUAUGGUACUGGGAUCGAGACUGGGAUUUCAAAUGUUGUCGUGGUGGAGGGUAAGUGUUAGGAGUCAAAAGCAAGCUCGCCUAGAAGCAUGUCUCGGAACACACGAUCCGCAUGGUGAUGUGUGAGCUGGCUCAUGUAGAUUGCGUAUAGACUGGUAAAAAUAACAUAUACAAGAAUAGAAUGUCAACCCUCCC